AUGUUUUUCUCCACACUCCUCUCAGACUUGAUACUGACGCUAUCCUCUGCGCUAUAUGUCCCUCAGGCGACCAUCGACACCUCUGCGCUUUCAAACUUGAAGUACCCGCGAUGCGAGAGUGCCGCCGUCCGGAGAGAGUGGAGGAGCCUCAGCGUCGAUGAGAAGGCCAACUGGAUAUCCGCCGUCAACUGUCUUGCCAAUCUUCCUCACGACGACGCUCUGAGCCCAACUUUUGACACCGCCUUUUCACGUAUACCAAUUGUCAAUUCCUCGAGUUCUUACUAUGACGACUUUGUGUACAUGCAUAUGGGUCUCUUCUUCCCAUGGCACCGAUGGUAUCUUCAGGCCUUCGAAGACUCUCUGAAGUCCAAGUGCGGCUACCGAGUCACUAACAUCACAAACUUUAUUCGUGUUGAUCUAGACACUGCGGACGUCCAACACUCACCUAUCUUCGACUCUCACCCUGAGAAUGGUCUUGGAACAUGGGGUGAUUCCGCGCAAGACUUCUCCCUUCAAGAUGGAGGCUUCUCCAAUCUCUCACUCUCCUAUCCGUCGGCCCAUAUUCUCAGACGUAACUUCACCAUCCAGCCAUGGGUAGCAAUUAACACUCCACACUUGAUGAAGGAUCUGGAGCUAUACGCAAAUACGACGUUUACGCAGUCGGAGGUUAGAAAGAUCGUGGAUGGAUUUAUCGGCGACUUUGUCGGAAUGCAGGAGUAUUUGGAGACGUUCCAGGGCUCACAUGCGAAUGUCCAUAUGAUGUUCGGGGGUGAUCUUGGUGGGCGAUGUCCAGCGAACGCUCCGUCUAACUGUACGCAAGGUCAGACUUGGUCAGCGAACGAGCCCAUCUUCUGGUUACAUCAUAUUAUGGUCGACAAAAUAUGGUCCGACUGGCAAAACGCUCAUCCUUCCAACUUCUGGUCCUUCCACGGUGGGUUGACCCCAGCCGCGGACUCUCUUGAGCAGUACGAGGCAAACCCCACAGGUACGGCACCGUGGUUGAGCUUCGACGAUAUGAUUCCGGCGGAUGGGAUGUUUGAGGAGGUCAGUAUUCGAGACGUGAUGGAUACGAAGGGCGGCUUUUUGUGCUACGUCUAUGAGUGAUCUUCCCAAAAGUGAGAAGCGUCAUAUUGUGUCUCCGUGUCCUCUGUAAUUCGACCAUCCUUUGUGUCCUCCCCAGUGUCCUAAGGAGGUGAACCUAGUUCUUUUCUUACUCAGUCCCCGAUUACCCUACUACUAUGUGAUAGGAGGAAACAAGAAUGCUACCCGGCUCCGAGCGUUUUCCUAUAACUUGUCGAUCUUAUCCAUUUGCCCUUGAAU